AGGGAGAAGAGGCUAUCGACGAACGUCCAGCCAUCCAUUUUAAGUGAACACAGCAAAACACGGCUUGCAUUCGGUUUGCGUACGUUUUAUUGAUCAAAGCCCUAGCUAGUGAGGGAGGAGUAGAGAGAAACAGGAGAGCAAGAAAGCAAAGGUACGAACAGCAGACGAGAGUGCGACCGUGUGUCUGUGUGUAUACACAGCGCAGAAACUCUUGAAUACCCAGGAGAUUGUACGACACGCACGGAUGAUGCGAUCUGCCCGGAAAAUUGGUAGAAGAAAAGAGUCUAUAUAGUGUCAGCAGCCCGCAUUCUUUGCUGCUUCCUCCAUUCUUCCGUUGUCGUCGUCUCCAACCACCCAUCCCAUUCCGGCCGGUUGUGAAAGUUGAAUCUGCCGGGCGCAACAAUCAAUACUUUUCGGGGAGGAGGUUUCUCUCAUCUCGUUGGUUGGGCGCUCUGCGGAGUGGCGUCGACUACGUCGUCAUCCGCUUCCCCUCCCUUUUCACUUGGCCGCUGUAUUGCUCCAUGUUACACGCAGACAGACAGGAGAGGAAGACAAGAGCAAAAGGGUGGAAGAAGAAGGAAAGAAGGAGGGCGUAUAUACUACAUCAACUAGUUUUGCUACCUAUAACACAGUCGCGAACCGAACACGGCUCCGCCAACACAGACGUCGUCGUCCGUCGUCGUCGAUCCAUAGCCUCUUGUCAUGUUAUUAGAUGUAGCUUGAAUCCGAUACAUUUUUUUUUUUCGGGUUUUCCAUCCGACUAGAAUUUUCCCCUUUUUUUUUGUUUUUGUUUUAAAUAAUUUUUUUGUUUGUUUUUGUUUCUUUUAUGUUUUGUUCUUUAAAAAAAAAAAGGGGAAAGGGGGGGUUUCGUUUGACUCUUUAGCUUGAGGGUUGAUUAGCUUGAUCUAGUUGACACACUUGAAAAUCCUGCCAGCUCUUUUUUGUAGCUCUCGAGAGAUUGAGGAGUGGCAGCAACUGAUUACAGAGGUCCACAUCAAGAUCCUACAGGCUAUAUCCUAUAUGUGGAGGCUGCGCGCUGGUUUGGAAGACGAUUCAUCUGAUUGACUGCCAAGAACCAACAAGAGCGAAAGAUCUUCUGUCUUUCUUUAACGGAUGUUCCACGAUGAGGCGCCCCAUGUGGAAGAUUCACUGCAUGACGGUUGUCUUCCUCACCGGAAUCAAUUUUUAUUUGCUGGUCAAACUGCUCCAUUGCGCAGAAAAGAGUAACGAUCACAACCGAACAAGCCUGGCAGAAUCCUCUUCCAGCGGCAUUUUCGGGUGGUAUCCGGGCCAGCACGGUCACAGCCGUUCUCAACUGGAUGUGCAAGUGAAAGGCAUUUGGAAGACUCUUCAACUUGCGGAGCGGCGGACGAAGAUGCAACAGCAACAUCCAUCUGAGGGAGCCAAAAAUCACUUUAGAAGUUCGUCGGGAAAUGAUAAUGAGAAAUCGUGGCUAAACGAGCCGGACGUGACGCUGGAUAGUUCUACAUUAGAUUUGCAACUGGGCCGUUGGGACGAUAGCCGUAGGUUCGUCAUUAGGGAUUUCGCCGUGACUGGACACCAGUUCCACAGUACGGCCGUUAGCCACAACGUGUGUUUGGCGACACAAUCGUCCCUUGACCGACUUCAUUGGCUGGGCGAGUCGGCAGAUCAUUGGCGAGGUGCCAUUUCGUUUGCCAUUUACUUAGACGACGAAGAGGUUAGCAUUUUCAACAAAGUGUUGGCCCACAUGCGACGAUGUCAUCCUGAUCUGCUGGCCAACAUCGCCUUUCACGUCAUUUCAUCUCCUGGCCAAUCUACGGCCCUUCCGGCCGCCUUUCCCGCUACUUUUGCUGCAUCUUCCGGCAGCAGCGGAAAAUCCUGGACGGAAACGGACGAUGGUGGUGAUAAUAGCAGUUUCACUUCAACAGCCAAUUGUACCGGUCCGUCGGAGGCGCUCACCUGGUUGCUGAAAGAACGUCCGUCUCUCAGCGCUAAAUGGGAAUCCGGACGGCCUUAUCCGCAAAACCUGAUGCGCAACGUGGCCCGCAAAGGUUGUCCGAGUCAUUACGUUCUUCUGCUGGAUGUAGACGUCAUUCCGUCGUACAACAUGGCCGAGUCGUUGGUUGAGUUCCUGGACCGACCUUCGGUGGCCGCUCACUGCGCUAAAUGCGCCUUCGUCGUCUCCACUUACGAGCUGGACUAUUCAGCCGAUUUCCCGCAGAACAAGUCGCAAUUACUAGCACUGGAAAAUCAGGGCCGAGCUCAACCCUUUCAUCACAAAGCCUUCCGCUACAAUCAAUUUGCCAGCAAUUUGACCAGAUGGCGCCAGACUUCCGAAACGGACCAAGUGGUCAUCAGCCACAAUGUGACCAACUACGAGUUCUUUUACGAACCGUUCUACAUCGGCCGGGACGACGCUCCGCCUCACGAUGAACGAUUUUUAGGGUACGGCUUUACGAGAAACACUCAGGUGUAUGAAAUGGCGUUAUCUGGUUGGAGCUUUCACGUACUCAGUCCCAUUUUCACUAUCCAUUGGGGCAUGCAAAUGAAACAGCGACGGCCGGCGUGGAGGAAAAAUCAAAUGGAUCGCAAUCGACGGCUGUUCGACGUCAUCCAUCACGAGCUGAAAGCCAAAUAUGGUUUGCUGAACAAGAGCCCAGUCCGAUGGCAUCCGAAACCUGCGGUCUCAAGCGGCAGCGGUCGAUUAAACAGCGAUGUCAAACAACAGCAUCCGCUAUUGGUGGCCGCUAAAUCCGCCGCACGCACCUCCAUCUGAUUACGACAAAAUACUCGGCGAUAAGGAUGUGCGUAAGCCACCGUUGUUUCAUUUCGACCCGCCUGUUUUUAAAGAUUCAAACUUCAUAAUCAAUAACAUCUACUACGCGUAUUAUAUAAACUCAACUUGACCGCAUCCAUCCAAUUUCUUGCUCUCGUCCCAACCAUAUAGUGAAUGCUACUAUCUCUUAAAAUUAAAUUUUUGUUUGAUUCAAGUCCUUAUGCGAGCAAUGAGGCACGAAGCAUUGGGGGGGCGUUUCAGUUUCCUUUCCUGUACAUUGUCCUGAUCAAAAGAACGUUUCAGUUUCAACUAGAAGUUUUUCGUUUCAACGAGCACUUUCGACCGCAGUUUUCUGCUGGAUGCUGUAACAAAUUCUAGCGAAAAUAAAAAAAUCAUAUUCCUCGCAUCUUAAACAAUAAUUUAAAAGGAAAAAAAAAGAAAGAUCAUCCAAUUAUUUUGUGUUGCUUGAAGAGCGAGACGUGCGUCAGUGACUCCAGUCGAAAGCCAUUAAAAACGAAAAAUCUUUCCAGAAAAACUAAGGGUCUUUUCCGACUAUUUUUCUUGACACUUGACAUAUAACGAUGGCUGAAAUGAAGAAAAACAUUAGCAAGCAUAAUAAUUCUUUGCCAUAUUUCAAAUGAAAUGAGUCUAUUCGGUUUGAAAACAUUGAUAUUACUAUAUACAUAUUGCAAAACAAAUCGAUCCACCAACAGAUCGCCAUCAGCGGCUGGUCAAAGCAAAUUGAAUGAUUGCAAACUUUUGGUGUCGUUCGAGACAAAUCUCAUUCAUUCAAGAUAUAAAGCAUGUUUUAACUAUAUGUAUACUGUUUCCUGUACGUGCAUAUACCGUGUAAUCCAUACGUGUUUUUAUAGCUCUCUGACUGCACAAUGAGAAAUAAGCAAAUUGCAAUGUCUGUA